UCAUUUGUUAUCCUCACAAGCUCUCUGUCGCUUACUCUCACUCAAUCUCCCAAACACUGCUGGUGCUCCUGCCGCUCGCUCCUCUAUCGAUUCGAGUCAUGCCGCUCCUCCAUCGAGUCACGCCGCUGCUCCCAUCCUCCGUCCACUUCAACGGCGCUCAUCCAGCGGCCACACACACAGAGACGCAGGAAGAGGCCAAUCCGAGACCAAUCGAGUCCCAAAAUCCAGGAGGUGGUUUCUGUGGUAAGAAGGAAUCUGGACAGCUUCGUUUUGGAGGACGAGAAAAACCAUUUCGAGCUCCCCUGCGCCCAAUCCCGUAUGACGAGCUGGAGAGACUUGGGAUCCCACCUCCACCAGAAAGAAGAUACAUGUCACCCUAUUUUGGUCCCAUUAGCCAUGUAUUUUCCUUCCUGAUUUCUGCAGCCUAUAGCUAGUAGCAGUUGCUCAAAGCAGUUUAGAUCGUUUAGGGUGGGUGGGUGUGGGGGGUCUCGGAUUAGGGUGGGAAAAUAGUCACAGACAUGGCAAUGUGAAGUGGCAUUUAGCUAUGGAAUUUACAACUAACAUAUUGUCAUUCAAGUGGCCAAUAUGGUUUGCUUUUGGUUUGUAACUUAAUCUAAAUUCGUUCGGAAGUUUGGAUUGUAAAACUUAACUUAUUUCA